CUGGGACCUUGUCAGAUGGUUUGGGGAAGACAAUGGAUAACAGGCAUCAGACCGAGCGAGAGUACAUCCGGUAUCAUGCUGCAACCAGUGGAGAGCAUCUCGUAGCUGGGAUCCAUGGACUUGCACAUGGUAUCAUUGGAGGAUUGACAAGUGUAAUAACUUCAACAGUUGAAGGUGUGAAAACUGAAGGAGGUGUCAGUGGUUUCAUAUCGGGUCUCGGGAAGGGGCUGGUUGGCACAGUAACCAAACCUGUGGCUGGAGCUCUGGAUUUCGCAUCAGAAACCGCGCAGGCAGUGAGGGACACGGCAACGCUAAGUGGCUCCAGGACACAAGUGGAGAGAGUGAGAAAGCCACGCUGCUGCAGAGGACCUCAAGGGCUCUUGCCUCGCUAUUUGGAAAGUCAAGCGGAAGGACAAGAACUGCUGUUCAAACUGACCGACAACAUCCAGGAUGAGUUCUUCAUAGCGGUGGAGAACAUAGACAGCUAUUGUGUUCUCAUUUCAUCUAAAGCUGUGCGGUGAUUACACAGACCGUGACGCCAUCUUCCUAGAAGUCAAGUAUGAUGACCUCUACCACUGCCUUGUUUCAAAAGACCAUGGGAAUGUGUAUAUACAGUUGACGAAGAAAGCUGUUAAUACAAGCAGUGGUGUAGCAAUGCCCGGCCCAUCACAGCAAAAACCAAUGGUAAGCAGCUGUGACAUCUGAAGUUCUUGCAGUAAAGCUAUCUCAAGAAAUAAACUAUGCAAAGAGCCUUUAUUACGAACAACAGCUUAUGUUAAGACUCAGUGAAAAUCAAGAACAAUUAGAGCUGGACUCUUGAAACCUCUUCCUUACUGCCAGAGUGAACUGCAGCUUUCAGUCUCGAGCAGAUGGUAUUCUGUAACUGGAGAAAUUACAACAUGGGAGGGAGAUGAAGAUGAUUUUAGUAUUUAGCUAAACGGAAUCAUUGUGCGUAAGAAAUCAAGUGAGGUGGGCUUUUUUUUUUUUUUUAAAGCAUUAGUUGUAUAACUAUGAUAUAGCUGACAUGCAUUUGGUUCUGGGGAAAGCCCUGUAUUUUGCUAACAUGUAUAUAUGUAAAAGUGUUUCAUGUAAAUAAGAAAGUACAGACCAAGGUGUUGGUAUAAAUAAAAGUCUGUUUACUGUGUAAAGAAAUUAAAAUACCUAUACUGAGUGUUACUGCA